AUGUCUGGUGUUUGGGUAUUCAAGCCUAAUGGCGUGAUGCACCUUGUGGAGAACCCGCAGGCGGAGUCGGCGGGGGACGGGAGGCACGGGUCAUCAUCCCGGAGGAAUAAGGUCCUGGUGCACCUGCCAACCGGGCAAGUGGUGUCGUCAUAUUCGUCGCUGGAGCAGAUAUUGACAGGAUUAGGGUGGGAGAGGUACUACGGCGGGGACCCUGAUCUCUUCCAGUUCCACAAGAGAUCUUCCAUUGACUUGAUCUCCCUCCCCAGAGACUUCUCCAGGUUUAACUCAGUUUACAUGUAUGAUAUCGUUAUCAAAAACCCCAAUAUCUUCCAUGUUAGAGAUAUGUGA